AAAGACGGAAUCAGAAAAACAAAGACUGACUGUAUGGAUUGUCGUGUUGUAUCUUUCCUGUCGUAUUUUUUAAAUUAAAAUAAUUUAUGUUUUUUUCUCUUCAGUGAAAAAAAUAUCAAAAUAAAAAGCAUACGUAUAUUUGGCGUUACACUUAGUGACUUUUCAGAAUUUUCAUUCUAUUGAAAGUAUUUGUGUACACCUUGCAAUCAUUAAAAUGACAAGAUACGCUUAUUGGACGACCGUGAUCUUUGCAAUAGCCAUCACUUUUUUAUUUGGAUUAAUCAUCGAAACCACAGCAACAAUAGCUCAACCAAAGGCACCUAAUUUUCAGUAUUUUGAACGGCCUAAAUAUCGCUAUCCAUAUUAUGAUGAAAAUGGCAGAGGAAAAUUACUCUAUGGCUAUGGAGGACCAGAAUUAUAUCAAUACAAAACUUAUAGUGGUCUCGAAGGUAUCCAUUAAAAUUAAAACAACAAGAAACACUAAAUUAUAAAUUAUACAUGAACAAAUUAAAAAUUAAUGAUCAUUUGUGAAA